AUGUGGCUGAGGCGGUCCGAAACCAGAGCUCAGGUCAACAACGCCUCCGCCGCCUCUGCCGCCAAAUUCGCGUGCUCCUCCUUCAAGGACGUCCGGAGCCUCUUCUCCCCCGACGAUUUCACCGGCGCCGCUGGCCGAGAUGGAUGCACCGUCCCUUCCAUCUGCCACCGAAACCGCAGCGCCAAGGCCCUCCUCCGCUCCCUCUCCCUCUCCCACACCGCGCUGCUGCCGGACGGCGAAGCCGCCGCCGAGAUCCGGAUCCCAAGCGCCGAGGAGUCCAUCGUGAUCUACUUCACCAGCCUCCGGGUCGUUCGCCGCACCUUCGAGGACUGCAAGGCCGUGCGGACGAUCCUGAGGGCCUUCCGCGUGCCGGUGGACGAGCCAAGUUUUAAGGAUUUGGAUUGA